UCGCGUGUCCCCGGCGCAGGGAGGGCCGCUGCCUCCGGUGGCCGCCAGCGGCAGCUCCGCGCCGCCCCGCCGCCGGUGCCGCGGGGUCCGAGUCCCGUGUGUGUUGCUGCAGCUCCGCGGCUGCUGACACUGCCCGGAACCCCGAGCGGCCCGGUGGAAUAAACCCGGUGAAUAUGGGGGUGCCAGAGCCCCGACCGGCCCGGCUGGAAUGGAAUAAACCCUGUGGCUCUGGGGGUGUCAGAGCUCGGAGGCAGAAAUGGAAGCCUCAGCCCCGCUGAUGUGCGCACAGCCGGUACCGGGGGGAUGCUCCUGCUCGGCAGCCGUGGGUUUGUGUCACGGGCACAUCUGGGCAGAUGUGCAGAGGCCGUGCUGACAGCGCUGGCAGCCGCCGAGCCCUUCCCGCGGCAUUUCCCGGCCGAUGCCCAGCGUGCUGCCCACAUCACGGAGCCGCCCUUGCCCCCCCAGCUGUCGCUCGGCCCCGGCUCCGUUCGGGCUCAGCCCCGCGCUGCCCUCCUGCCUCUCUCCCCUGCAGGUGGGGCGCUCAGGACCGGGAGCCAUGGCUCUGGCGCUGCGCUGCCUCCGGCCCCUCCCGGCGCUGCUGCUCCGCCGCUCCCCUGCCGAGGCCCCGGGGCUGCCCCGCGCUCCCGGGGGCUGCCCGGCCCCGCUCCCGGCGGGCUGCGGCCCCUGUGUCCAGCACAUGCUGCCGAGCAGACAGCUGGCUACCAAAAAAGCUAAAGGUAAAGGGCAGAGUCAAGCCAAAGUGAAUAUCAGUGCUGCCCUAGUUGAGGAUAUUAUCAAUUUGGAAGAAACCAGUGAAGAUAUGCAGGCAGUCAUAGAAGCUCUGAAAGAAGAUUUCAGCAGAAAUCUCAAUGUUAGAACCUCACCAGGGGCCCUGGAUCACAUAACUGUGGUGACAAAGGAUGGGAAGUUUCCGCUGAACCAGCUGGGACAGAUCUCACAGAAGUCACCUCAGCUCCUGACAGUGAACAUGACCAGUUUCCCAGAGGCGCUUUCCCUCAGUUGGAUCUGCAAAACAACACGAAGCACCACGGACCAGAUGCCUGGAUUCACUGUGCCCUUCCAGCCCUCCCCAUUUCCAUGCAUUUAUGAGAAGUCUGAGCACACACACUCACCUGGCUGCAAUGCUCUAUCAGUUCCUUGCUAAGAUGUGGCCAUGCACAGAACCAGAUGUGUAGUUGGAAUUUGUGCUGAGGACUUAAUCAAACUCCUCUGAAACUUUCCUAUCUAUUACCAGGGCUGCUGAUAGCCCUGAGAGUUCAUGAGAGAAGCUGUGAUGGAGCCUGUGCCCUUCUGAGCAGCUUCCCUGGUGGGGCUGAGCUGGCUCCUGCUGAGUGCUGUCACUGAGAUCCACUUGGGCACUGCUGAGCUUGGCAGCUCCUCCAGGUCAGGACCCGAAUCAGGGGCUCUGGUUUAUCUUCUGUGAGACACAGGUUCUUUUAAUUUUCUGCAGGAGCCUUAGGCCCAUCUGAAUGAGGCAGCAAACCCAAAUCCCAGCUCAGCUCAGGCCCUGGGGGUGCCUGCAGCAGGUCCCAGAGCCAGGCACAGGGCAGCAGGAGUGAGCACAAGGUUAACAAUUCAUGCUGCUCCAGGGCUGGAGCUGUGCCAGGCCUUAUCUCUAUUUAUUUUGCAAAGGCUUUCCCCAAUUAAUUAAGUCAGCCAAGUCUCAGAGGAGGUCAGUGCAAGGCACUUGAUGCCUGAGUGUUUCUUAGAGUGUAUCCCGUGUGUUUAAAGGCUCUGAAGAAUGGAGGCCCCUCAUCAGCGAGGUCCCACAGAGUGUCAGUGCUGAGAGGGCCAGGGAAGUCCCUCCAUGGCUUAUCCCAUGUCCAGGCAGGAGCUCAGGCUGAGAAAUGGGCAUGUGAGAAAUUACAUAUCCUCUAGCUAGCAUUGCCUACAUUUGCCUUCUAUGCUAAAGGACCACUUGAACAUUUCUCUCACCACAGCUGCUUUAUGCCCACACCUGUUUUGUGAUAGGUUGGGCUAAAACCAUUAGAGACAUGAUCACUUGCUGUCAUUAUUUACAGCAUACAGUCAGUAAUUCAUGACACUGAGAAGCAAAUAAAAUUGCCUGAAGAGUUUGAGAAAUAAAAUAAUCAUAGAAGAGGACUUGCAGAGCCAAAGUCUGUCUUCCCAAGAGUUAUAAAACCAAACAACACUGGGUUUUUAAAUACAGUUAUUUUUUUCACAGGCUACAAGAGGAUGGAGGCAAUAUUGCAAUAUUUUCCCUUCUCUCAUUACUUUCCUCCUCUAUCUCCUCCAAUAUCUGUGUUAAACAACUCAGUUUUUACUGAGUAUUUCUUUCCUGCAGACCAGGCGCUGUCCAUGGAAUAACACACUGACAUUCCUGGUGAGCUGAGAUCAUUUUGGUUGCAUUUUCUCUGCCCUUGUAGUUUCAGGGGACAGCAGUUGUCUCCUGCAGAACACCAGCAGAGCAUUCAUCUCAUUCAGUGAUGUCACACAUGAGGGACCUGAACAAAUCUGCAGAGCUUUAGUUUGUGCCUCAGUUGGUAAAAGCUGAGCUUUAUAAAUACAGUCUGAGCUACAUAAAUACUGAGCAGCCUGGAGCUAAAGUUAAUGAUGGCAGAGAGUAUCAGAAAUAGCAUCAGGCCUGGUAGGAAACGAGUGCCACAGGAAAAAAAUUCCUGGGGCUUGUGAGAGUCAAGAAUGAAGUGACCUGGCAGAGCCCUGUGGGUGUUCCUGGCCAAACUCUGCUUUAACCCCAAAGCCUGGCACUCUGUAGAGGUGCACUCACCUUGUGACGGGGGUGAAGCCUUGUAAGCACCUUGCAGGCACCAAGCAAACCUGCCACCCCACCUUCCAAACACAGCAGGCUGCCAGCCAGCAGCAGGGGAGUUUUCAGAAGUGUCCUGUGGUCAGCUUGUGGUGCUGAAGUGGUUAAGUUUGUUAGGGUUUCAGAAUUGGCACUGGGUGAUUUCUGGGGGGAAACGUUCAGCUGGAAUUUUCAAAUGCUCAGAAUCUUUCAUCUCCUUUGCCACAGUCGGGCCCUGCCUUGGGAAUUUGUUGCGGUUUCACUCUGCGUUGCCUCAAACCAUUCAAACAGUUUCAAAGAAGCAAAGCAGUUUUCUUUUGUUGUUGCUUCCCUUCCCCUCUCCUCCCUGUGUGCCCCUACCCCAGCACGAGGGGCUGGAGUUUCCCACUCGGUCUGAUCAAAGCUCUCUGCACCAAUGUCACUUCCUGAUCUCACUGGUAACACAAGUAAAUGUUUCCAUGUUCCAUGGAGAUGGAUUGCCAACU